CCCCGCGGUGGCGACACCAUGUUUCUUCCCUCCGUCAACCUCUGGAACCUGGCGUUUUAUGCUUUCAUGGUCUUCCUGGCGACCCUGGGGCUGUGGGAUGUCUUCUUCGGCUUCGAGGAGAACAAGUGCAGUAUGAGCUACAUGUUCGAGUACCCGGAGUAUCAGAAAAUAGAACUUCCAAAGAAACUGGCAAAGCGCUAUCCUUCAUAUGAGCUAUAUCUUUAUGGAGAAGGGUCUUAUGCUGAAGAACACAAAAUUCUGCCAUUGACAGGGAUUCCAGUUCUCUUUCUUCCUGGUAAUGCUGGAAGUUAUAAGCAAGUUCGUUCUCUUGGCUCUAUAGCACUUCGAAAAGCAGAAGACAUUGAUUUCAAGUACCACUUUGACUUCUUUAGCGUGAACUUCAAUGAAGAAUUGGUGGCGCUGUACGGUGGAAGUCUUCAAAAGCAGACUAAAUAUGUCCAUGAGUGCAUUAAAACAAUUCUGAAGCUCUAUAAGGGUCAAGAAUUUGCUCCAAAAAGUGUUGCGAUAAUUGGCCAUUCUAUGGGUGGCCUUGUUGCAAGAGCAUUGCUUACAUUGAAAAAUUUUAAACAGGAUCUGAUAAAUCUUCUUAUUACACAAGCAACACCUCAUGUCGCUCCUGUGAUACCAUUAGAUCGUUUUAUUACAGAUUUUUAUAUGACUGUAAACAACUAUUGGAUUCUAAAUGCCCGACAUAUAAAUUUAACGACACUUUCGGUAGCUGGAGGAUUCCGAGAUUACCAAGUUCGUUCAGGAUUGACAUUUCUCCCACAAUUAAGCCAUCAUACCAGUGCCUUAUCUGUUGUGAGUUCAGCAGUGCCUAAGACCUGGGCCUCAACAGACCACCUCUCCAUAGUGUGGUGUAAACAGUUGCAGUUGACUACAAUUCGAGCAUUCUUUGAUCUUAUUGAUGCUGAUACUAAACAAAUAACUCAAAAUUCCAAGAAGAAAUUGUCAGUUUUGAGUCACCAUUUUAUAAGACACCCAGCCAAACACUUUGAGGAAAAUCCAACAAUAAUUUCUGACCUAACAGGGACAUCUAUGUGGGUUCCAGUAAAAGUACCCAAGUGGACAUAUGUGGCUUACAAUGAAUCUGAUAAGAUAUAUUUUACAUUUCCUCUUGCAAAUCAUAGAAAAACCUACACUCAUGUGUAUUGUCAGAGUACCAUGCUGGAUACAAAUAGUUGGAUUUUUGGAUGCAUAAACAGUACUUCUAUGUGCCGGCAAGGGGUUGAUUUAUCAUGGAAAGCUGAACUGCUACCAACAAUUAAGUCUCUGACAUUAAGGCUUCAGGAUUAUCCAUCUUUGUCGCAUCUCGUUGUCUAUGUACCAUCUAUUCAUGGAAGUAAGUUUGUUGUAGACUGUGAAUUCUUUAAAAGGGAAACAAGAUCUAUUCAGCUUCCUGUAACUCAUCUUUUUUCCUUUGGGUUGUCUUCAAGGAAAGUGGUUUUAGAUACAAAUGGCCUGUUUUACAAUAUAGAGCUUCUGAACUUUGGACAGAUAUACCAAGCUUUUAAAAUCAACGUGGUGAGCAAGUGCUCAGGAGGCAAAGAAGAAAUAACUAGUAUAUAUAAACUUCAUAUUCCCUGGUCUUAUGAAGAUUCACUAACCAUUGCACAGGUUCCAUCUUCCACAGAAAUUUCUCUGAAACUCCAUGUUGCUCAACCAGAAAAUGACAGCCACGUAGCAUUAUUGAAAAUGUACACGUCGUCAGACUGUCAUUAUGAGGUGACAAUUAAGACUUCCUUUCCACAAAUACUUGGACAGGUAGUUAGAUUCCAUGGUGGAGCUCUUCCUGCCUACAUUGUAUCGAGCAUCCUUCUUGCUUAUGGGGGACAGUUAUACUCUCUUCUCUCAAUAGGCCAAUGUUUAGAAUAUUCUGUUAUGUUGGAUAAAGAAGCUAAACCUUACAAAGUUGAUCCUUUUGUGAUUAUGAUUAAGUUUCUCUUGGGGUACAAAUGGUUUAAAGAAUUGUGGGACACAUUAUUGUUACCAGAAUUAGAUGCCAUCUUCUUAACUAGUCAGAGUAUGUGUUUCCCCCUUGUGUCCCUGAUUCUCUUUCUGUUUGGAACUUGCACUGCCUACUGGGGUGGCCUCCUCUCUUCUACAUCUCUGAGGCUCCUCUCUUCAUUGUGGCUAACUUUGAAAAGACCCUCUGAACUUCCGAAAGAUAUCAGGGUGCUAACACCGGACUUGCCCUUUUUGACAGUUAUUUUGAUCACAGUUAGUUGGGCAACUUGUGGGGCAUUUGCCAUACUUCUUACUUAUCUUUAUUAUGUAUUUAAGAUUGUUCAUCUGCAAGCCAGCCUAACGACUUUUAAAAGUAGCCAGACUGUGAAUUCCAAACACUCCAGAAGAAGUGAAAAGAAAUCCAGUCUCCAUAAGGACUCCAGAGAACACCGUGUCCGUUUGUCAGCUAGCGAUGCGGAGGAUAGUCUUCGCAUGCACAGCACUGUGAUUAACUUAUUAACGUGGGUGGUAGUGCUCGCCAUGCCAUCCCUAAUUUAUUGGUUAAAGAAUCUUAGGUAUUACUUUAAACUUAAUCCUGAUCCAUGUAAACCUUUGGCAUUUAUUCUUAUUCCAACUAUGGCAGUUCUUGGAAAUACGUACACUGUUUCAAUAAAGUCAAGUAAGUUGUUGAAGACUGCGUCACAGUUUCCACUUCCUCUUGCUGUCGGUGUGAUCGCUUUUGGGUCAGCACACUUAUACAGGGUCCCGUGCUUUGUCAUCGUUCCUCUGUUACUCCAUGCAUUUUGCAACUUUAUGUAAGAUUGGAUUUGAAGAAUGAGAAAGGUGAUAUUUGCCCAGAGGGCCAGUAAUAAGAAAGAAACGUACAAAUUCAUCAUGGACAUCAAGAUACUUUGGAGAAGACACGUCUAUUUUUACAGUAUUGAAGAUAGGAAAUUAGUUUUGUAAUGCUUGAAGAAAAUAGUUGGAGCAUGGUUUUGUUUUGUGGUGUGGUGUCUGUGUACUACCUAUUUUUGGAAAAAUUGCUAAGGGACAUGGUAGCCAACACCUUUGAGGACUCUUGUGCAUAUCAGCUAGUCUGCUUGGUUGACAAUACCAGGGGUCUUUUCCUAGAAUCUCAGUAGAUGCAGCAUUGUUUAUAAUCUCACCUCAAGCAUUCUGCUCUUGGCUCAUGAAACUAACUCUCUUCUGAAAUGUGUGUUACUUGUAUUUGCUACAGUUUGCAUAUUGAGAAGUAAGUCUUAAAAUAUUGAUGAAACUUAAAAAUGCUUACUAGCCCGGAAGGGCCUUUGGUUCGUGUUUUGGCAGCCAUGGGUGGAAAGCAGGUCUUUUGUUUCCAUUCUGUUGUACAUACAUAAAGUCACUGUGAAUCAGAACCAACUUAAUGACACCUAACAGCAACUAUAGGAAAAUGCAGUUCUGAAUUGUAAGGAAACAUUUUCCCUGUUGCCAAUGUUAAGAUGAAUGGAUGGGAGUAUAAUCCAAAAUUCAAAAUUUAUGAAAUUUUCUUGUUACUUUUCAAAUACAAAUCCUAUAUUGUAUUAUUGGUGAAUAUGUAUUUCUUAAUCAUCAAGUCAAUUCUGACUCAUGAAGACUCUGGGGUUUCAGAGUAGAACUCUGCUCCGUAGGGUUCUCAAAAGCUGUGAUAUUUUGGGAGGCGGUCGGGCCUCUCUUGUGAGGUGCCUUUGGGUAGAUUUAACCUAUAAACCCUUUGGUUAGUAGCCUCGCACAUAGUGGUUUGUACCAUCGAGAGGCUUUUUGGUGGAGAAGACUACUAAAGAGAUCUAAUAUUUAAAGAUGUAGAGGAAAUUUUCAUAGCAAUUUACUUACAGUUAAUGGAGCAGUCAGCUGUUCAGUCUAUACCCUGGUCUCAUUUAAUUCAUUGCCCCUGUGGUUGCCGAAAGUGCCUCCAGUUCAUGAGGAGUUAUUCAAAAUAACCUUUUAGAAGAGUUUGCACAACAGAAUGGUAAAAUGCAGUGCUACCUUUGACUUAAGAAAUUAUGCUGUUGAUUAAAAACAGUUGAUAAGCUGUUACAUCAUUAAUGGUAUAAAUAUAAAUAUUACAUCUGUAUAAAUUGGAGCUUUCAAGGCACUAGGUGCUUCAGUGGAAUUAUGAUUUUCCCAGGUUAUUUUUAGGAUUAUUGUUUGGACUCAGAGAGUAACAUGUUUGUCUCAGUUCAUUUUUAACUACAAACAAGUAGGAAGUUGAUGGUAGAACUUUGUCAAGGCAUGUUCUCCCUGCCUUAGGAUAGAAUAAACUCAGGCCAAGGUACACCUAUCCCACCACACCAUUCUUUUAGAUACAUGCACUGUAAAUACCAAAAUCUCUGGAGUGAAGUCCUUACGUACCAGUGAUCCUAGUUGUACCUGUGGACUUGUGUUCCUGUGAGUACUCAGGAUGCCCCAGAGUAACACUGUCUUGUGAUCUGCCAUCAGUUACAUUUGGACUCCAUUACAACCCCUCAGCUGUUACUGCCUACAGAGGGUUACCCCACUCUACUGCCAAAAAGGGUUACCCCCAAUUCUAUUCUCAGUUGUGUCUCAGGUCCUUGCUGUUUGGGCAUCCUUUUGAGAGAGUUUUAUUAUACUUCUGAGAGUUGGCUUGAUUUUUUUUUUUAAUUCAAGUUCCAUUGUUAUCUUUCCCAGCUUCAUUCCUGUUGUUGAUCAUUCAUAUGUUCAUUUACUGAGACCAUUAAAGGGAAGUGAUAACCUUACAAUAGACAUAGAAUACAAGACUCCUGUUUUGUUUGCAAAGAAUAGCAAAACGUAAUGAAAUAAAAAAUUUUGCAUGUUCAGUACCAGAGAAGGAAAAAAAUACAUACUAGAUGGCAUUGUCCCAUUGCACAACAUGUAUAUAUUUAAAUAGACACGUCUUUCUAUGUUUGGCUAUGUAUACAGUCCUAAACACUUUUGUACACAUGAUUGUUCUGUAUUACCACUGAUAUUAUAGUUGUAUCUCAAAUUAGUAUUAUUUAUUGCUGAAUUUGGAUGUAGGUCCAUAUAUAGAAAGCAUUGAAGAAAAUUGAUUACUUUGGAAUUUCAAUUGAUAGCCAUAAUCAUUGUGUUUAUAUAGACUAGGCUUCCUUGUUUGAUCAGUGCCAAUCAUAAAUAAAAGGAGCCAAAUAAAAUUUAAGAAGAUUAAAUUUCAUUUGUGAAUAAGUUCCUUUGCUUUUUAAAACAGGAGCUUAGGCACACUAUUUUCAUGUGAAUGUAAUUAUUAUUACUUAGUAUUUUAUUUAUGCCAACAAAAUACUUCUUUUAGAGUUACAAAAGCACUCUGAUUAAACAAUUGAAAAAUAUGAUUGUUUGGGUUUUUAACCAUUAUAUACAUGGUGUGUAUAUGAUAGAUACACACAUUCUAAUAAGAAUAUACAGUCCUGAUGAACUGUUAAGCUCAAAUAACUACGAUAGGUAAGACAGUAGAUUCUGUUUUAAGAUGAGUAAAAUUGAUUAUUCAUGAUAAAAGAAAAUUCAUUUUUCUGUUAAAUUACACAUUCUUCCUGUCAAGCCUACAGUGUCUACUGUCCGCUACUAAAACAGCAGAUUUGUUAGCAGCCAUUAAAAAUAUGAAGUCCUUUUAUUGACACUUAGGAGUUAUCUGAUUCCGCAAAUUUCUAUUUCCAAGCUCUGCUGAGCUAUUUUGAUUUAGUAAUUGCUGGUUUUUGACCACGUUUUGUGCUUAAAUACAGAAUGAACAAGAAAACAUUGGUUCAUUUCAGUGUUUCUAAAGUCUCUUCUCGAAAUACUUCUAUUAUAAUUUGGGACUGAGCAUUUAAUAGAAGUUGCCAGUGUCUUUUUUCUGAGAUUUCUCUGUGCUAGGAAUUAAAUUUGUUCUGUAACUCUUUUCUCUUUAGUUAUAACCAGAACAAAAUUCUUGAAAACAGUGGUCCUGAAAAAAAAACAUGUGUGCCUGAUUACUAUUGAUUCUAAGUUCUUAAAUGCAUAUUGAUUGAUCUUUUAAAUUAUUUUAUAUAUUUCGGUCAGAUAAAUUCAGUUUUACAUAAUGGAAUAACUUCUUGAUUGAACUGUUAUUCUAAUAUCUACUUGAUUAUACAAUCAGGAAAAAGUGAUAAAGAACUGCUGUAGGCCUAAUAAACAUUUAUUGCUGAUUGUAGCACUUAUGUAGAAAGUGCACAUUCCAGCCACACCCAGAAAUGUCUUUGAGGCAGAUUAUCUGAUUUGUUUAAUAGCUAGUUCCUAUACUUUUAAAAAAACUCGUCCUACUUCACCGUUACAGCGUGGUGUGUUCAGUUUACUUCCUGAGUUAUUAAUACCUACUUGCAGAAGGUAAGCAAAUGAGAUGAAAGCAGGUAGACGCACUUUCAGAUGUAGUUCUUGAAAGCGCCGGGCGAGACAGGAAGCAAGAGGGUGCCCACACGAGCCAGAGCUCUUGGUUUCCGAUCAUCAGUUCAGUUAGCCUGUAUUUUCAUCGUAGGUAUAAAAUCUAAAGUAGUGCUUUAUAAUUAGGGUUCAGAUAAACUGUAUACUGCUACACUUGAAAUAUUAGUAUUUGUUAAUAAAAUCAGUUAGGACAAAUAGAUGUGUGGGACAUUCUAUGACUAGACAUUUACUUUUUCUCAUCAUCGCUUUGUUAGUGUGUGUCUGUGUAGCCUUUGUUAACUUUUAGAUCAUAGUAAAUACGUUAGCUUGUGAAGUUUAUUGAGGAAGGUCAAUUUAGGAAGCAUGACACUCUCCAGAAUACAGGAAGCAGUUAAAGUAUCUGUGUUAUGAAAUUACACUGAAAACUUCCUUGCCAACUUUUACCUUUAAAAGUCUGAUGUUUUACAAAACAAAUCAGCAAGGUAGUUGGAGGUGAAAUUUUUAUCCUAGUCUUUUUGAGCAAAGAACAACUUUAAAAUCAGUGUUUGAUAAACUUUGAGUCUAGAAGACUGGAUUUUUGUAUAAUAAUAACAAUUUCGAGAACAAAAUAAAGUUUAGAAAUAUCCAAAGCCUACCUAAGAGAAUUGUGAGAAUAGAAAACUGUUAUUCCACUAACAGUGUGACUGUAAACAGUACACUGGAAUUGAAAACUUACCUUUCAAAAAUUUAUUUUCUAAGCUACAUCUUGAUUAAAUUGUCUAUUGUUGGUACUUUUUAAAUCCAAUUCCGUACUUUCUUAAAAUGGCUUGGCGUGUUAAGCUGCCAAACAUGUUUUGGAAUACCAAGUAACCAGUGAAUUUCUGAUGACUUUAUAUCAGACUUGAUAUAGAUGAGUCAGAAUCAUACUGCAUUCACUGUCUGUAUUAUAACUUGGAACAUUUAUGAAAAGAUGUGUAUGUUGAUAUAUUUUUGACCAGUGCAACUUUUUUGCAUAUUUGAAUCCUAAUCUUAGUUUAGGAAAUCUAAAAGUAGCCAGUUUUAUAAAGUCCAUAUGCUAUUUAAUUUUAAUGUUUGGUUUUUAGUAUUUAUAUAGUAGUAAUGUCAGUAGUAAAACGUUUAUUGGAAAAAGAAUAAUUAACUGUUCAAAAGCCUAAAUGGCAUAUUUUCUAUUUCUAGUUGUACUUGUUCUGUCUUGUAGUGGACUUUUUACAUUCCUUUUAAAGAAAAAUAAGACAUAUUUGAAUUGUGUUUUGAAUUUUAUUUUAUUUUUGCAUAAAGUUCAACAUUGGAAACCAUUAAACUGCAUUCAUAUGGUUAGCAAAUCACUUUAUCACCAAAGCUAAAUGAAACUGUAAAAUACCUCCGGAUAUUUGUGCCAAUGAACUCUUCUUAGCUUACUGGGGAAAAGCAAAAUUAAUCUUUUCAGUAUUUUUCAUCUAGGACUUACAAGAACCAUGAAAAUUGGGAACACUUAUGCUUCAUACCCCCAUUUUUCCUGGGGAAGAAAGUAUUUAAAGUUUUUGGCUUAGACUAUUCUACCCUGUCUGAUUUCUGGAACACUUUCUCGGAGCGUUCAUUGGGUGUACUCAAUUGGGGUAUGCAAUAGCUUAUUGCAUAUAGAGAUUCAUUUUGUGAGGGGUGACCAUUAUUCUUGUUGUACAGGGCCAUUUGUAGUACAGGUGUCUCAUUUGUGUUAGAAAAUUGACCACUGAAGUUUUUUUAAAACAUGUUUUCUAUGUAUUUUUAUUCAGUCCUUUUUGUACAAUCACAUUUCACUAGGGGACAAUAUCCACUUAAACCUAAUAUAGUUAAAAACAAGUAAACAAUGCAGUGUUAAAGGAAAAUAUUAUAAAAAUCAAAAUGUUAAUGCUAACAUUACAAAGACGUGUACUCACGAGAGAAAGGUAAAAAUACAAUCCUCAGAAACAACCAUGUUUAUCUGCUUGAUACUUUCAUUUUUCCCUUGUGAAAGGGAAAGAAACUAUCAAAGGUAAUUUCAGCCCCUUAUUAAAGUGUCUCUGUCAUUUAAAGCCACAUGCAUUUUCUCUGCCUAGAGACUGUAAAGCCAAUUGCUUAAGGAGCCUUGGAAAUGGAUGGGGUAACAGCUAAGUUUUGAAAUGCUUGCCCAUGAGUUAGUAGUGCUGUCUCCAAUGAUCAGCUGGAACCUAUGGUGAUAUUAGUAAAAAAAAGAUGAUGUCCAAAACCUAAAACUUCAGUAGACGUUGAUUUUUUAAAGAAGUGUAUUAUCCUUUGUGUUGAGUAACUUUAUCCUAAGUAGGAGAAUCCUGUAUGCAUAAUCAUUCUACCUAAUCUAAUGGGUGUUUGUUGGAAUGCUUGUAGAAAUAAACUGCCCCUUCUCUACCACAGAGGAAAAAAGAAAACCCCAAUCUUCAAUGUAUAUAACAUAGAAAAUUUUACUAAGUAUUGACUUUUUUAAAAUAUAAAAGCGACUUAGAUAUGUUAUUUUGAAGUGAUUAUAUUAGUUUCUUAAACUUAAGACUAAUUAUAAAUGUAGCAGUAUGCCCUGAGAAACCAGACCAAAUUGAAUAUACAUCAUCACUGUGACCUUGAACCUACAGUCAUUUGGGAUAAACAGAUUGUGCCUUAAAAUGAGAAAGUAAUGCCCUACAAUUGUUUCACUCUGUUUUUUACUAGGGGUGGUCUCCUUAAAUUGGCCCAAAUCCUUUCAAGGUUGGAAAUAAAAGUCUUUUCUUUGGUCUUAUUGUAAGUUGACCAGUGUUUCCCUUUGUUCAGAACUGUUUUCUGGUGGCCUCCUAAUUUCCAGAAUUCUCAUGUUAGAUUAAAAUUAGCAGAAAUUAUGCCUGAAGUAAGUUUCUGAGAAUCUCCUUUGGAUUCAAGAGUGUUAGUGACACCUCUGUUUGAACUUCACACAGAUGGAAAAAUUAAUCUUCAGAUGAUUAUAAUCUAUGAAAGGCAUCAGUUCUUCCCUUAAAACCUGUAUUCAUUUUUCCUCAACUUUUUGAGUCUUGUAUUUAGUAUAUAUCAAAUAACGUGAAUGUAGCCAAUAGUUUUUUUAGUAAUAAGAAUAAACUCAAAUUUAUAUGGUGUAUUUUUAAAAACAUUAUUUUCUCUUGUGUUUCUUUUUCCUUUCUAAAUAUAGUGUUUGAGAGAGUUCACUCCAAUUUUUAAAAUGUUAGGACCGACAGUUUUACUGUGCUUAUUUAAAAUCAUGGAUAUAAUUUCUAUUGAACUCCAAAUCAUUCUAUUCAUGGGAUACUCGUGGGCUCUCCUGAAAGAAGCCCGCAUCUGUGUGUGUUUACUUUGUUUUAUAGUUUUCAUUUUCAGUUUUGAAAUUAACUCAACUAUUUUCCCCGUUUCACCUUCACUACCUUUCCACCAAAGACAAAAAUAGAAUUCUCUGAAACUAGGGAGAACGAAAGCAUGUCUUUCCUUAAAACUUGGUAAAUUGAGAUGGACAUUUGGGUCUAGAGUAUGUAAUUAAAAACAUUAAAAUGACUGUAACCUGCAUCAAUUUUUACCCCACAGUUAAAAGUUGAUAGAGGACAAACCCUUAGUCACACUGUGAGAUAAGACUCAGCAAUCACUUAUUUGCAAUGUGAUGAUUUUGUUUUCAUCCAGAGAGUCCAUUGCUCAGGAACAGCCCUUGACAGUGGAAAGGAGCUUGUCUUACAGAGUACACUGAAAAUGAGUGUCACCUGGCAGAUGUUUCAUUUAAACAUGCAUGAUCUCCAGUAUUUUGUACAAUGUGUAGUAUACUAAACACUUAUGUGUAAUUUUGUGUGUAUUUUUCGUGUGGUAUAAUUAACAUUAUUACAUAUAACUGGUUGUAAUUCAUGAAAAGUGCUACUUAAUGUAUUCUGUAGAGUGUUGUGAAGAUUUUUACCUGUGUUUUAAUAUCAUGGUGUAGGGUUCAAUAGAUAAAUAUUUGCCUUCUGUCUCUGCUCAGGUAUUAAUGUGUAGCAAUUUUUGGUGCUUUUUUUUCCUUCAAUCUGUCACAAUCUGUUGUUCUGAAUGUUCAACAAUAAAUUUGAUGAACAAGGGUA